AUGCUGAGGUUUCCUAAUGGCGUGGUCUACGUUGGCCAGUUCCGCAAAGGUGAAUUUCACGGGCAAGGCGCGCUAGUCUACCCCAACGGUGGUCGCUAUCAAGCAACGUGGGAGCGGGGCUAUGCUGUGGAGGGCAGGUAUGUCUUCAAUGACGGCUUGCUCUACGAAGACAAGAAUUGGCAGUAUGUGUGGGGUUGCCUCAGCAUCCCUAGGUGA